AUGGACCUCGAUACUGGAGAUUCCCCGUGGGGCGAUGAGCCAUCACACUCUCCCACCCGACAAGCCGAAUCGAAGCCAGAAAAUCAGGAUAAGACUCCCGCUCAGCCCGCACCACCCUCGGCCGGGAGCGCGGAAGUUCGGACACCUGGAAGGCGCCCUGUACGGGGCACGCGGAAAAUCAGCGCGCAUGCAACGCGACUAGAAGCUGUUGAUGACACCGUUGACCCUCUCGGUCCUCUGGGAGAAUCGACUGCCGACCUCACAGCCCCUGCGGCCGAGGAGGCCCCGGCCCCUCCAUUGAAAGAGUCGCUCGCAAUUCGGGGCCCCCAGUCAUCCUCCACGUUUGCCCAGAUCCCCGGCGCGACCGGCCUCGCUGACUCGGUAGACCUCGAGGAGGAUGGAUCAGGCUUCCGAGGGCCCCCGCCUGUCCAGCCUCCGGCGGACGUUGAAGGGCCGAAGAGACAGACGCAACCAAGCAUGAGCGUUGAACAGGCAGCGAAACCCUCAUUUGACAUCACUGUUGGAGAUCCCCACAAAGUUGGGGAUCUUACAAGCAGCCACAUCGUUUAUCAAGUCCGGACCAAGACUACUUCGAAAGCCUACCGUCAGCCGGAAUUUGCUGUGAGUCGUCGAUAUCGCGACUUCCUGUGGCUGUACAAUUCAUUGCACAAUAACAACCCUGGUGUUGUCGUCGCGCCUCCUCCCGAGAAACAAGCCGUGGGUCGCUUCGACACAAAUUUUGUCGAGUCGCGAAGAGCGGCACUCGAGCGCAUGCUGAACAAGAUCGCCGCGCACCCGAUUCUCCAACACGAUGGUGACUUGAAGAUUUUCCUGGAAAGUGAGGCUUUCAAUGUAGACAUCAAGAACAAGGAGAACCGCGAGCCCGAUCUGGGACAGAACAAGGGCAUGUUCAAGGGCUUUGGUAUCUCAGUGGGCGGAGGAGGCAAGUUUGUUGAGCAUGACGAUUGGUUCCACGACCGGAAGGUUUAUCUCGACGCAUUGGAGACCCAGCUCAAAGCCCUUCUGAAAUCGAUGGACACGGUUGUUGCGCAGCGCAAGGGUCUUUCAGAGGCCGCGGGAGAUUUUUCUAGCUCUUUACACGCCUUGGCGGCGGUUGAGCUUUCUCCCGCGUUGGCAUCUCCCCUCGAUGGGCUUUCCGAGCUUCAGUUCCGAAUCAAGGAGCUCUAUGAGCGUCAGGCUCAGCAGGACGUCUUGACCCUGGGUAUCACAAUUGAUGAAUAUAUCAGAUUAAUAGGCAGCGUCAAGACCGCCUUCACUCAGCGACAAAAGGCCUUCCACACCUGGCAUGCUGCAGAGUCAGAUCUUCAGAAGCGCAAAAAUACUCAGGAAAAGCUCCUCCGUCAAGGCAAGUCCCAGCAAGACCGGCUGAAUCAAGCAAAUGCCGAUGUUGCGGACGCGGAGCGUAAGGUUCACCAGACUCGGCUGCUGUUCGAAGACAUGGGCCGAUUGAUGCGAAACGAGCUGCAGCGAUUCGAAAAGGAGAAGGUGGAGGAUUUCAAAUCCGGCGUCGAGACCUUCUUGGAGAGUGCUGUGGAAGCACAAAAGGAGUUGAUCGAGCUCUGGGAAACGUUCUUGUUGCGACUCGAUGCAGGAGAAGAUGGCCUCCCGUAUUAUGUGCCCCAGUCCGAAGGUGGUCAACCCGGAGAAGAGCAGGUUCUCAACGAGCCCACGACGUCACGACCUGAAUCUGGGGCACAAGCCGAAGGUGCGAGCGAAGCGGAGUGA